CGCCUUUGGUCACCGCCAACGGGGGGCGGGCGCUGUCUCUUUGACCAGCAAAGAGGAACAGAACAAAUAUCGAAUAGCUGAAACAAAAACUAAAACACCCCUUUCCCACCAAAUUGUUGUCUCUCUAAGCAAUCAAUUUCAAAGAAAACAAGGAAUUCACUGCGAAACCUGAAGAACUCACCUACCCACUUCCGUUUUCACAUCGUUUUUUCGCUGUUCUUGCUGUUGCUCUACACGAUUCGCCUCGUCGGAACGGCACCCAUCGUUCUCGGCGAUAUCAUUUGGUUCACCGACUUCUUAGAUUUAUCAAUGCGUUCCUGAGUUCUGUAUCUUGAUUUGCUUUGCCCUCCUUGUUUGUUCGAUUCAGAUUAGGGAGGCCAUGGAUGCGAAUAGUUCGCGAUUUCAGUCGUUUGGUCAGACUGAGAUUAACUGGGACAAGCUUGAUAAAGCAAAAUUUUAUGGCAUCGGAGCUGGGCUCUUUACUGGGAUUACAGUUGCACUGUACCCUGUUUCCGUUGUAAAAACAAGGAUGCAGGUUGCUGUAAAGGAUUCUGCAGAGAAAAACGCGGUGUCUGUCGUUAAAGGCUUACUUAAGAGUGAUGGGGUUCCUGGUCUUUACAGAGGGUUUGGCACAGUAAUCACUGGUGCAAUUCCUGCAAGGAUUAUCUUUCUUACCGCUUUGGAGACGACCAAAGUGGGAGCCUUUAAAAUGGUUGAGCCAUUUAAAUUUUCUGAACCCUCACAGGCUGCUAUAGCAAAUGGGUUAGCUGGAAUGACUGCAUCUCUUUUCUCUCAAGCUGUUUUCGUUCCAAUUGAUGUGAUUAGUCAAAAGCUAAUGGUUCAAGGAUACUCGGGCAACACAAGAUAUAACGGGGGCUUAGAUGUUGCUCGUAAAUUGGUAAAGUCCGAUGGGAUCCGGGGAUUGUAUAAAGGUUUUGGGUUAUCUGUUAUAACCUACUCUCCAUCUAGUGCUGUAUGGUGGGCAAGUUAUGGUGCAAGUCAACGCAUCAUCUGGAGGUUCUUAGGCCAAAACUCAGCUUCGGAGAGCUUUGCUCCUAGCCAUUCCCAACUUAUUUCAGUGCAAGCUGGGGGUGGAAUAAUUGCAGGAGCAACAGCUUCCUUCAUUACAACACCAUUGGACACCAUAAAGACUCGCUUACAGGUGAUGGGCGAUAAAGGGAAGACAGCAAGACAAAUUGUUGAAAGCUUAAUCGCUGAGGAUGGAUGGAAAGGUUUCUACAGGGGGCUGGGUCCUCGGUUCUUCAGCAUGUCAGCCUGGGGAACCUCCAUGAUAUUGGCUUACGAGUACUUGAAGCGCCUGUGUGCAAAUGAUGAACAGAGUUGAGCCCGUCAAAGAUGUUUAGAGGCAAGGCGAGGCAAGGCGGCCAACAUUUUUUACCCCUCACAACAAGGCCAGGCUGAAUUGCAGAGGGGAAUGAAUAGCUCCUAAUUUUUUUAGACAUAUGUUUUGUCUUAUUAUUUCAUCACAAUAAACUCUGCUCAAAUACACAAUGUAAGCUUAGUAUUCUCGCAUUUGUAUUUUGACUAAC